UUGAAAAGAAAAACAGAAGGGAAAAACAAAAAGAUCCAGAGGGAUUCGCAUCCUACCCAAGUCACUCUCUCUCCCCUCCUCUCGGAUCUCCCUCCCUCCUACCUUCCUUCCAAAUCUCUAUAUUUGCAUAUAUACACGAAUAUAUAGUGUAUAUAUGUCAACAGGUCGUGGAUUUUAUGCCGGUGAUAGCUGAAAUUGUUGUCAACUGGUUUAAGUGGUGAUCAGUAUUCAUCUUGUCUAGCACAGAAGAUGACUAUGAAUCAGCGCAACACGAUUGAUUUAGAACAAGGAUGGGAUUUUAUGCAAAAAGGCAUUACAAAAUUGAAAAAUAUUCUUGAAGGGCUGCCAGAGCCCCAGUUCAGCUCAGAGGACUACAUGAUGCUCUACACGACAAUCUACAACAUGUGCACUCAAAAGCCCCCACAUGAUUAUUCUCAACAGUUAUAUGACAAGUACCGGGAGUCUUUCGAAGAGUACAUUACAACAACAGUUUUGCCUUCUUUAAGGGAAAAGCAUGAUGAGUUCAUGCUAAGGGAGCUUGUAAAAAGAUGGUCAAAUCAUAAAAUCAUGGUGCGGUGGCUUUCAAGGUUCUUCCAUUAUCUUGACCGGUACUUUGUAGCCAGAAGGUCACUUCCAGCACUGAAGGAAGUUGGUCUGACAUGCUUCCGGGACCUGGUAUAUAUGGAGUUAUCUGGGAAAGUUAGGGAUGCUGUUAUUUCUCUGAUUGAUCAAGAGCGAGAAGGAGAGCAAAUAGAUCGAGCUUUGUUAAAGAAUGUAUUGGAUAUCUUUGUUGAGAUUGGAAUGGGGCAGAUGGAUUAUUAUGAGAAUGACUUUGAAGCUGCAAUGCUGAAGGACACAGCAGCUUAUUAUUCCCGGAAGGCUUCAAAUUGGAUCUUAGAUGAUUCAUGUCCUGACUAUAUGUUAAAGGCUGAGGAGUGUUUGAAACGAGAAAAGGACAGGGUUGCUCAUUAUCUUCAUUCAAGUAGUGAGUCAAAGUUGCUUGAGAAAGUACAACAUGAGCUCUUAUCUGUGUACGCCACUCAACUACUAGAGAAGGAGCACUCAGGUUGCCAUGCUUUAUUGAGGGAUGACAAGGUUGAUGAUUUGUCAAGGAUGUAUAGGCUAUUUUCAAAAAUACCUCGUGGUUUAGAGCCCGUCGCACACAUUUUUAAGCAGCAUGUUACUGCUGAAGGCACAGCUUUGGUUAAACAAGCCGAAGAUGCUGCAAGUACCAAAAAGGCAGAAAAGAGAGAUAUUAUUGGAUUGCAGGAGCAGGUAUUUGUGCGAAAUUUAAUUCGAAGUUCACUGACAAAAUGAGAAGGAUCAAGAUCCCUCUUCCCCCUGUGGAUGAGAAGAAGAAAGUGAUUGAGGAUGUCGACAAGGACAGACGAUAUGCCAUUGAUGCCUCAAUUGUGCGUAUCAUGAAGAGUAGGAAGGUCUUGGGAUACCAGCAGCUGGUUAUGGAGUGUG